UCCCCCUUCUGGAGAGUUCUGUACGGCGGACGCAGGACAAAUAGUCCACGCCGUGCCCCGCUCUUGUUCUCCUCCGCCAGGGCCUCCCCCUCCGCCCCCGGCCCGGCCUCGGCCCUGUCGCGGCGGCCGACUCCGCGCCGCCAACCGCGCCGCCAUCCGAGGGCGGCGGAGCGCGUCGGGGGGGGUCGGAGCGCGGUGGCGGAGUGAUACGCGGAAGGCCAGCGAGGAAGCGCCAGCGCAUAAAGAGGCGGCGGAGGGAUGCGGUAGGAGCUGCGGCAGCGGCAGCGAGCUCCAGCUCAGCGGAGCCGCCAGCGAGCAGCGCGCCCGGCCGGCCCGCCCGAGGCCCCGGCCCCCCCCUCCGCCGCCGCUGCCUUCUGGGGGGGCCCCCUCCCUCUUUCCCUCCCCCCUCACUCUCUCCUUCCCCUCCUCCCUUCCCCUCCCCCAUCUUCUUCCGCGCCGCCGCCACCUCCGCGCUCCUCCUUCCCCCCCUCCCCCUCGGAAAAUAGUCCCCGCGGGCUGCCCCCUCCCCGCCCGCCCCUCCUCGCCGCCUCGCGCACACAAUGGCGCUGAAGAGAAUCCACAAGGUAAGGGCAGCGCCCCGCGCCCCGGCCGGCCCGGCCCCGCCGACCCGCCGCCCGCCUUACAUAACCCGGGAGUUGAAUGACCUGGCACGUGACCCUCCAGCACAGUGUUCAGCAGGGCCUGUUGGUGAUGACAUGUUCCAUUGGCAAGCUACAAUAAUGGGACCAAAUGACAGUCCCUAUCAAGGUGGAGUAUUUUUCUUGACAAUUCACUUCCCAACAGAUUAUCCUUUCAAACCACCUAAGGUUGCAUUUACAACAAGAAUCUAUCAUCCAAAUAUUAACAGUAACGGCAGCAUUUGUCUUGAUAUUCUACGAUCACAGUGGUCCCCAGCACUAACUAUUUCAAAAGUACUUUUGUCCAUCUGUUCUCUGUUGUGUGAUCCCAAUCCAGAUGAUCCUUUAGUGCCUGAGAUUGCACGGAUCUACAAAACAGAUAGAGAAAAGUACAACAGAAUAGCUCGGGAAUGGACUCAGAAGUAUGCGAUGUAAUUAAAGAAAUUAUUGGAUAACCUCUACAAAUAAAGAUAGGGGAACUCUGAAAGAGAAAGUCCUUUUGAUUUCCAUUUGACUGCUUUCUAUGAGCCCACGCCUCAUCUUCCCCUGUGCACAUGUUUACCUGAUACAGCAGUGCUGCGUGUUGUACAUACUUGGAACAACAAAAUAGAAAUACUGUAUUUCCCCGUACCAACAUUGACUCCUAGCAGAGAAGUGUGUGUGUGAAAAGCUGGUUCUUCAGUCAUAACUUUGUGAGCCUAAAAGCAUUCCUGGGCAAUUUAAAUUGGGUAAUAAAAUGCGAAUGGGUGAGUUAUGGUGGAUUUCGUAUUCCCAGGGACAGUGUUGCUGAUCCGUGAAGGCUUUUAAGUGGAAUCCUUUUAAACUCAUAACAGUUAUGAAAAGCAAGGUGAAGAACUUGAAGCUGUUUCUGUAUUCAUUUUAUUCUGAAGGACCUACACCUUAGGUAAAUGUUAUGACCAAUGAGAUAAACUGUACCCACAUCCUGUGUUUAAGGUCUAAGUUUAACCGGUCAACAUUUAAAUGGAUUGGAGCUAUUAGUGCAUCAAGUGAUGUUGAUUUGUUUCAACUCUGUCCCCUCCUUCAUACUUUUUUUGGUUUGUAUGUGGUUUCUCAGUUAAUACAUAGCUAAUAGCUCUUAUUUUUCUUAAGUUUUUUAACUGCUUAGGUCUUUCUGGAUGUAAGGGUAAAAAUCCAUUUGACGGAAAACUUGUGUAUAUUUAAAGACCCAGCUGCUCCCCUGGAGCUUGUACGUUCAAGAAUGAUUAAUCUGUGUAAUAAACUGAUUACUACAGUCAUUACAUAUAACUUUGUGUGAAUAGGCUUUUAAUUUUGAAGAGAAGCUUGUUACAGGCUAAAACUACCGGUGGAUUUCUCUCAAACUCUUGCCUUGGCAAAGGGUUGAUUUGGAAGUCGUGAAGCAGUUUGGUUUGCAUCACACAAGGCUGUACACCUGACCGAGACGUCAGCCUAAGCACGUACAUGGAAUCAGGAUGUGUAGAGUGCCAGGAACUCGACUGUUAAACCAAAUAAGCAGUUUACUAAAUGAGAAUCUGAGUGACAUUUUACAAAGCCUAAUGGUAUUACUCCCACUUGCAUGGGACCUAACACAAUGCAUAUGUACUGUAGGUAAGUGAAACCAUAUGUAACUAAAAUAAUGGAUGUAAAAGGGUAAAAAAGAAAAAAACCUACCAAACACAUCAGCACAAACUUUCAUAAAAUGUAGCUUUUACAUAAUUACUUUGCACUAAACAUUUGCAAAUGUUCAUACAGUUUUAAAUUGUACUUGUAUGUGUCUUUUUUGAACAAAGUCUUCACUUGAAUCUAGUGAAAAAUGUAGUUUGAACCUUUUCUUUGUAUACAAGUGUAUUUGCCAGCAUCGUUGGUGUGAAAUAGGUGAGUCUGCAAGUUUAUCUCCUUAGUAGAAUUGUAAACGAAGCCAUCGCCUAUGAGGGAGCGGCCGUGGCCUCCGGCUCUCCAGCCACAGGGUCUGUCCCGUCCGCUCCCAAAUGCAUCUUUACACUCUUGCACAAAUGAGGAAUAAAUGUCCACUGCUUUUGGUCUAAA